AUGCUCGUGGUUGUUCUGCGGCCUCGCAUCAAGCACCUAGACCCUGCCGGCUGUGUGAGCGCCCUCAGUGCUUUCCGUCGUCUCCGCUUGGAUGGAGAGGACCCGUCAUCGGUGGAGCUGCAGCAGCAGGCGGCCUCACAAAUCCAUCACUGCGACUGGCAGGGGCUGCAUGCAAGCAGCUACUGGGGAGCAGCAGCAGCAGCAGCAACAGCAGCAGCAGCAGCAGCAACAGCAGCAGCAGCAGCAGCAGCAGCUCUGUGUGCUUGCAGAACAGCUGCUGGGGAUCAGCAGCAGCAGCAGCAACAGCAGCAGCAGCAGCAGCAGCAGCAACAGCAGCAGCAGCAACAGCAGCAGCAGCAGCAGCAGCAGCAGCAGCAGCAGUGUCUGGGCAAGUUGCAGUUGAAGGGGGGCAAGCGGGAGGUUCUGGUGUAUCUCCACUACCUCCCUAAACCCUAA